UCGAAAUGUGAAUAAUGUGUUGUGAGAGUGUGUAACGUCGCAAGUUAAAACUUAAUUUUAGAGAAGUGGUCAUUUUGCAGAACCCCGUUAGGAAUGGAGGCAGCAUUGUGUACAGCUCUGAAUUCUGUGAAGGUUUUGCGAUCUAGUGUUGGUCAAGUUUUUGAUACGCUCGGGAACGGACUGAGAGCUGACCAUGGGGAAGAUGGAAAGGACGCGAAGUUCUUGUACGAGUUGCAGGAGUUGCUUAGCACCGUGAAUAUUAAUCUGCGAGAUGUUGAGCAAGCGGUUAACAGCCUCUCGGCACCUCCUGGUCCAUUUAACCUGGGGAACACUGCAUACCUGAGUCAAGAGAGUACACAGGAUAGGCAGGCCCUGUAUUCCCAGCUAGUGCAUAGCUACAAGUGGACCGACAAGGUGCAUGAAUAUAGCAGCCUGGCAGCGACUCUGCUCAGUCAGAACUCCCUGAAGCGGUCAUACAUCAAUUCCAGUACUGCCAAACGUCGCCGCACGCAGACAAGCAGUCACAAUGUUCCUGCACAGACUGUGGAUACGGUUAUCAACACUAUUGACCGUUUGUUUAAUGACAUGACUGUUACCAUCACCCGGCCAUUUGCAACGAACGCUCUGCUACAGGUCUCUUUAGGACGCAUCCUGAAGGCCGUAAUAGCCUUCAAGGGCUUGAUGAUAGAGUGGGUGGUAGUGAAGGGUCAUGGUGAGACUUUAGACCUGUGGACUGAGUCGCGGCAUAAAGUGUUUCGAAAAGUGACUGAAAAUUCUCAUGCAGCUAUGCUACACUUCUCGUCACCCACACUGCCUGAGCUGGCCGUACGCUCCUUCAUGACUUGGUUUCACAGUUACAUCACAUUGUUCAGCGACCCCUGCAAGCGCUGUGGGAACCACCUCAACAGUUCACUGCCACCCACUUGGCGAGACCUCAGGACGCUGGAACCUUACCAUGAGGAAUGCAAACCAUAGACUUUACUGUGCUGUGUGUGUGAGCUUUGGAGUUCCCAUCAUGGCGAAUGUGCAGAUAGCUAUGUUCUGGGAUUGAGGACUAUGUUGUGGUAGAAGG